AUGCAGACAAGGAAACACCGUCCGAGAUCGCAGUGCAUCAUUGCUGUCAAUCUUCCGGAGGCUGAGGCCACCACUGCCCAAGCUGGACUGGACCACGACCUGCGGCUGCGGUGGUCGCACAUGGUUACCUUGUUUGAUGGCGGCGAGGUGGAACCAGCAGCAUCAAUCAGAGUAGAAGCGGCCCUCCGGCCUGGAAAACCCCGACAGUAUAAUUCUCCACGGCCAUUGAAAGUGAUUCUUCGGGCAAUAGGCGAGGCCAAAGUGAAAAUCCAGCGGACGCACAAUUUGAAGGGAACUCCGUUGCGGUUCCUCAGGGAACUUGAUUCGGACCAGCGCAGUAAACUGAAAACUGCGUUGGAAGAACUCAGGGAGCGCUGUGUAAAAGAGGAGACUGAUCUAUGUAUACGGGAUUUUCCUGUUCAUCGGAAGCGCCCUCAGCUGCGCUGGCUACUCUUUUUCGGGGAAGGACUUAGGAGACUGCUUAACCACGGACAAGGGAUCAGGUUGAGGCAAGAGUGGCGAGGUAACCACGCUGUGCUAGCCUCAAUCAAUACCUGA